AUGUCGUUCUACCCAUCCUCAACAUGCGCAAACAAUGGUUCACUUAAGAGUACCGAGUCUGCCAACGCAAACCCACCUCCAUCCUCAUCAGCCCUCUCUGUCUCAACCACUGCUACAACAGACGCAGAGGCCUUGCGCCUCUAUGCAGAACGUAUCGCAGCCUAUAUAGCAGACCCGGUCAACCCCAAUCCUGCCUAUAUAUACACCUCCGCCGAAUCGAGCAUUCCGGCACACACUUCUGCUGUGACAUCUGUCAUCGAGGAGUUCGAUGCUGUCAUGAACAAGUCUGGAGAGAACAAUGUAUAG